AACAAUAAAAAACUACAGAUACACAUUUACAAAAAAGUCAGUCAAUUUUUAAAAAAAUUAUAUCUGUUAUAUUAACUGAAUUAAAAUGAAUCACCAAAUAAUACGUUUGAUAAUUAUCAGUUUAGUACUUUUAGUCAAAUCAACACUACUCGAUGGAAAAAAUAAACAUAUGGUAAAAAGAGUUUAUGAUUUAAUUUAUGAAAAACUGCCAACAAAAGUAUUAGAUCAUUAUAAUACUCUGGAGCUUGAUAGUGUUGGAUCAUUCAAAUUUACAAAUGAAGAGCUAAACUACUUAUUAAAAAGUUACAAAAAACAACCGAAUUAUGAAGAAGAAAAAUUUAAAGCAGAAAUUAAAUACCAACUAAAAGGACAAUCAUUACAGUGUGUUAAUGGCAUAAUUGUGUACUAUUUAUUAAAUGAAUUAAAAUUGGAAUAUACAGAAAAUAACCAACAUAAAUUAAAUAAAACAAGUACACUUAUUUAUUUUAAGAAUGUUUUAAUGAAAAUGAUAGCAGUAUUAGGUUCUUCAAAAAUUAUUGCCCACAAUUGGUUUUGGAAAGUUUAUAUUCAAAUACUUGCUGCUAAUAAUUGGCCAUAUAUGUUUUUUCAAAAUUUUACGAUUGAUUUCAAUCAAUACGAAGAUGAUUUAAUGGAUUUUAUUGAUCUUUGUCGUCAACACAAGUAUUUACCUUUAGUAUCUGGAGUACAAGUUUCACACUCUACUUUGUUUUACGAUAGUUUAGGUAUAUCAGCCAUGAAACAUUUUAUAAAAGAAUUUUAUCAUGAUGGUAAUAUAGAAAAUGAAUAUUUAGAAAUUAUUUAUGAGACAGGGUUGCACUACAAUUUAGAUAAUAUAGUUUUGGUAGAUUAUUUCCACAGAGAAGGCCACUUGUUUGGUUUGUCUGAAAAGUAUAACUUUAAUUGGGGUAAUUUUAAACAACGAUUAUUUGCAAAGAAAAAAAUACUACACAAAAUAUAUCGUUCUAUGAAAUGGGCAAAUAAUCCUUUUAAAUUUAUUGAUUACCAAAGAAAUAUUGUUACCACAGUUAAAGUGAAUAUUUUUUAUUCUUUAUGGUUACAGCUGAAAUUAUGUCAUGUAGCAUCAGUUAUAUACAAAAAAAAUGUAAAUGUCUUAUACAAAAAGAACACAAUUUUUAACAUUGUUUUUAAGAUAUUAUCACUAAAUCAGUUAUUGUCAUUAAUAUCUUUUUUCUCUAUAGAUGAUCCAAUUUUAAUCGAAGUUUAUUUAUUAUUAAAAAAUAACAUUAGCUUAAAAAUGUUUGACGAAAAAAUAAUUAUGGAUUUAGAAUUGAUAUGUGAACGGUUAAAACAAGCCAUCAUGGAAGACAUUAAUAAUUUAGAAAUAAUGGAAAAGAAUUAUUCAAUUAAUUUUUUCAAUAAUGUCGUUGAUACAGUUUUAUCACAGAAUAUUAAAAAUACAGCAGAUAUUUUGAAUUAUUUGAUUAAAUUAGACAUAAUUGAUGACAUUUUCAUAAUAAAAGUGGAACUCGACUUUAAGCAAAGUAAUGAAAUUAGUGUUAUUGUAAAAAAAGUGUUAGAAAUUUUUAUUGAAAUAUCUACGUACAUAAAAACCAUUAAUCAAAUGAUGUCACCUUUUUCAUUUUUUUUUAUUAAUUACUUUUGUGAAGGUGCAUUUCAAUUAGAUAAAACAUUCAUUUCGCCGUAAAAAAAUAGCUAUUUAUUAAUCUAUAAUUACUAAUAUUAUCAUUGUAUAUUUUGCUAGUGCACUAUUAUAAUAAAUAAUUUGUUAUAUUAUAUAAAUUACACAACUCGACAAUAUAUGUAAUAGUAAAUUAAUAAAAAGUAU